UCUUGACUUCAGCUUUGUCUCUCGUUACCACAUGCCUAUAUAAACCCCAAAAUACGAAACCUCUCUUCAGUGUGUGCCCCAAAAUAUCAGGCACACAUGGCUUGCUCCUCCUCCCAACUACCAUCGCCAUCCACCACCGUCGAUGAAACCAGCCCCGCGUCAAUCUCCACCGUCCAUACGGACAUAAUCCAGACCCACAUCCUCACCCGCCUCGACGGCCCCACGCUUGCCUCCGCCGCCUCCACCUCCUCCCAACUCCACGCCCUCGCCUCCCACCACCCCCUCUGGGCCAACAUCUGCCACUCCACGUGGCCCUCCACUUCAACGCCACGUGUCCGCCAAGUCAUCUCCACGUUCCCCGAUGGCGCCUUCUCCUUCUUUUCCGACUCCUUCCCGCUCCUCACCAACCUGGAUGCCGCCGCAACAACUCUCGCGUCGAAUCACGAUCAGGACCGCCCGUGUGAAUUAAUCUCGGCCGUCGAUAUCUACCACCGCGACAAGCUCAUUCUGAGCAAGGUCGUCGAGACGGAGACCGUGACCGGGUGGUUCCGGUGCUCGCCGUUCCGGAUUGACCUGCUGGACCCCAAGGACGUGGUCCCCACCCAAAUCAAGUACCCGGCGGGCCAGGAAUCGGACACGUGUCGCGACCUCGGGGAUGAUCUGACCCUCAGCUGGAUUCUGAUCGACCCGAUCGGACGGCGGGCGAUGAACCUCUCGAGCCACAGGGCGGUGUCGGUGCAGCGGCACUGGCUGAGCGGGGAGGUGCACGCGCGGUUCGCGUCGAUUCUUCCCGGGGAGAAGGGGUCGGCGUCGGAGCAGGUGCAGUGCGGGAUCUUGGUCACGUGCGGGGAGUCGGAGGGAGGUGAGCUGCAGGUGAGGGAGGUGAGCUUGCAGGUGGAGGACAUGGAUGGAAUGCAUUUGAACGGGAGGGAUGGUUUGGUAAUUUUGCAGAGGGCGUUGGAGGGCAGAAAGGGAAGAAAGAAGAGCAGGAGAGAAGAGGAGGGAAAAAAGAGAUACGAAGAGUAUUUAGAGAGGAAGAAGGAAAGGAAAGAGAAGAAGCUGAGGACAGAAGGGACAUUAGAUACUCUGUGUGUGGCUUUUGGGGUAUUGGGGUUUUUCGUCUUCUGGUUAUUUAUUCUGUGCAGAUGAAACUCAAAUUAUUCUUCUUCUUUUUUUCCUGUCAUUUUCUUUCAGCGGUUUAGAAGAAGCAUGUUGAUAGGAAAUAUAUAUAUAUAUAUAUAUAAACAAAAAAAAAGUGUUCACAGCUUUAUUUCUCAUCAAGAAUAUAGAUGUAAAAGGGAUGAGGCUGACACUCACACGACACGGGUUAUGUUGUAUCAUGUAUGAAGAUUCAUGUGGAACGAAAUACAAUACGAAUCAUGUUGUGUUUAA